UCUUGUUACUAGCUUCAUGUAAGUCGAUAAGUCACGAUAUCCCAUGAUCAUUAAUGUUCACUCUUUAUUUUUCGAAAUUUAAAUUAUUGACCAUUGUGGACUGUGGUUUUAUUCUUUGGUUCAUCAAGUAAUAAGUAUGUUUAAAAGUGGUUUUAUAAAACUUAACAAAGGCGAAACGCCCAAAGAAAAAACUACAAAAGCACCUAAUGAUAGGGGUGUUGUAUAUCUUGGUCAUGUUCCCCACGGUUUCUAUGAAAAUGAAAUGAAACAUUAUUUUACACAAUUUGGAGAAGUCACAAAUAUUAACAUUCCUAAGAGCAAGAAAACUGGUAAAGCAAAAGGAUAUGCAUUUGUAGAGUUUUUGUAUCCUGAAGUUGCCAAGGUAGUCGCAGAAACCAUGAAUAACUAUUUGAUGCAUAAGAAAAUUCUUGUUGCUAAAUACCUUCCUCCAAACCAAGUAAAAAGUAAUACAUUUUGGCGUUGCAACAAAAAUCAAAUUCCUCUAACAAUAAAGAAUAGGUCAAUUCAAAGAAAGGCAAUGGAGAGACCGUUAAAUCCCGAACAAGAAAAACAAAGUAAAGCAGCAUUAAAAAGACGCAUCCAAUCUUUACAAAAAAAAUUGAAAAGCAAAGGAAUUGAAUAUGAAGUGCAAAUUGAAGUAUAGAACACGCAGCUGAUGUGGCCAAGGGACAAGUGAUUUUGAAAGAAUAAUAAUUACAGAGUAUACAUUGAACUUUAAAUCUUACUUGCUGUUUUUACUUCUAUAAAUUUUCAGUGUAAUAUAAUAUUUUUAUAUAUUGUA